CCCAAAACAUAAUGUACAACAUUUCUAGCCUACUGCUUUAGUUAAGCUUUAGUUCUCCUAUGUUCUCCCAGAAAUAAUGCACUGCUACUAGCUUCAAUACUAGCACAAACACCAUGUAGCAGAGGAUAGUAUUUCAAAAAAUGCCCAUAUUACCAGCACUCUGCUGCAAGUUGCUGCCAAACUGUAGAGCUGUUUAUAACACUUGAUUUAAUCUUCAGCAGAGACUAGAUGUCUCUAACAACACUUUAAUUAUCCCAUAGUGGUAGUUUUAAACAGCUUUUAAUUUACAGCUUUUUCAGCUUGGAUAUGUAAAAACACAUGAGACAAGUCUUGUAGGCAAGUACUUAAUUUAAACAUAUCCUGCCGACUUCAUGUUGAAACCUGUCGCUUAAAACCUGCUGAAAUCACAAAUGGCACGUUACUUGCCAACAGCAGAGGUAAGACAUGUGCUUCGCUCCAGUGCACCUCUAUGCAAUGCCGUUUUAAAACGAACAUGGACAUAAGGUUAUUUGUACGAUUGGUACAGCACCACUGAGAGUUUGCAAGCUGAUUCCAUGCAGAAGGCGAAGGGCUGAAAGGUGUAGGCAGAGUUCAAGUAAGGCCUCUUAGUUCUGCAUGCCCAACUAGGAACUACAGAAAAAAGACAUGGAGAUAGUUCUGCAAGUGAAAUCCCCAGAGCAAAAGACAGAUGAACAUCACAUGAACAUGAGCAGUCCAAAAGGAAACUCAACGGUUUUCAGUGAACUUGCGACAAUCAUCUUACCUGUGUUUUACCUUGUGAUAUUUCUGGCAAGCGUCAUGCUCAACGGCCUUGCUGUAUGGAUUUUUUUCCACAUCAGAAACAAAACCAGUUUUAUCGUCUAUCUAAAGAAUAUUAUGGUUGCAGAUCUUUUAAUGACAGUAUCAUUUCCAUUUAAGAUUAUAGAAACCUCUGGAAUCGGACCGUGGAAUUUCAAUGUCUACCAUUGCCGAUACAGCAGCAUUUUGUUCUACACAAGCAUGUACAUCUGCAUUAUCUUCCUCGGACUUAUCAGUACUGACAGAUACCUCAAAGUGGUAAAACCAUUCGGGAGUUCCAAAAUGUACAACAUUAAGUUUACAAAGGUCGUAUCUUUGAUGGUUUGGUUAGCCAUGUCCUUUAUGGCCAUGCCCAAUGUCAUAUUCACAAAUGUACAGCCAACCACAGACAACAUAAAUGACUGCAUGUACCUAAAGAGUUCUUUUGGGGCCAAGUGGCAUGAAGCAGUGGUUUAUAUUGAUACCUGCAUAUUUUUUUCUGUGAUGGUAGUCUUAAUUGUUUGUUACAUUUCAAUAUCCAGACACAUCCAAAAAUCCAGCAAACCCUUUGUCAGUUGCUCAAGCCGGACACGUAGGCACAACCAAAGCAUCCGCGUAGUAGUGGCCGUGUUUUUUAUUUGCUUUCUGCCCUAUCACUUGUGUGGAAUCCCCUUUGUCUUCAGUGGCUUGGACAAAAUUCUGGAUAAACGAGUGUAUACCAUUUUACUUUACUGCAAGGAAGCCACGCUCUUUCUCUCAGCCUGCAAUGUAUGUCUGGAUCCUAUAAUAUAUUUCUUUAUGUGCCGAUCCUUCUCACAGAGGCUGUUUAACCAGUCCGGUAUGAGGUCGAGAAGUGAGAGCAUCAGAUCUCUGCAGAGUGUCAGAAAAUCUGAAGUGCGUAUAUACUGUGAAUAUACAGAAGUGUAAAUAAGGCAGGUCAAUAUCACAUGUAAAUAUGUUUCAAUAAAGGAAUUCUAUUUUCA